GGGGAGAGCACUCUACCACACAGGAAGUACGUCGUGGGAAGUAAACCGGUGUCAACAUGAAGAAAUAUUGACGAAUAUUAUCUGAAGUGAAAUCACAGUACCGUCCCUUUAAUGUGAAAUAUCGUAAGGUGCUGUUGUCCCUCAACAUGAUGUAAAUUGCUGCGGUUGCUGGUGAAGACGUUCAUAUAAUGGUGUUUUCUCUGAGUUACGAGGAGUACUUUGACUCAUUAAAGAUGCCGGAGAUAACGCUGAUGAAUCUUGUGAGCUGGGUUGCUGCCACAGCCAUGAUAUUUGGCGGUGUUGUGCCGUUCAUUCCUCAGUAUAUGGACAUACAAAGGACCAAGAAUGCAGAGGGGUUUUCUCUCUUUGUUUGUUUAACAUUACUCAUUGCCAACAUUCUAAGGAUAAUGUUCUGGUUCGGCAAGCAUUUUGAGUUGCCGCUGCUGGCUCAGAGCAUCAUCAUGACCGGCACCAUGAUGUUGAUGGUACGCCUGUGUGUCAACAUCAAGCAUAAGAGUGAGAUCAUCUCCUCCAAACCCAGGUACUUCAUGGAUUCUAAACACUGGGAAGGCCACGGUGGCUCAUCACAUACGUUGCUGGAUUUUGAUCUUGACUACUUCUGGAAGUGGACGGACUUCCUGAGCUAUGUGGAGUUCAUGGCCACCUUCACCGUGGCGGUGGGGAUGCUCACCUACCUCCUGCUGGACUUCACCGUCUACAUUGAGACCAUUGGCUUCCUGGCGGUGUUCGCAGAGGCCAUGCUGGGAGCACCACAGUUCUACCGCAACUACCAGAAUAAAUCAACUGUAGGCAUGAGCAAGAAGAUGGUGGGUUUCUGGACAAUGGGAGACAUCUUUAAAACAAUCUAUUUCAUCCUGAGGUCAUCCCCAGCCCAGUUCUGGAUCUGCGGGAUGCUGCAGGUGUCCAUUGACAUCUCCAUCUUCGUCCAAGUGUACAUGUAUCGCCAUCACCCUCCAGCCAAGGUCAUCAAGUCUGCCAGAAGCUGACCUUGACUCUAAGGUCACAUAAUUAUUGUUGAACUGUUUAGAGGAUCACCACUCAAGCAAGCAUAAUUGGCCAAUAAUAAAGAGAUUUGGUCAAUCUCAUCUACAUCUGAUGUUUACUCCUGUACUUUUCUGCAGGGAGAUCUGACGAUACCUGCAUUGGAAGUCGCUUCAGGUGAACUUUUAAAUCAGCCAAGUCUUGCUCUACAAGUGAGCUAAGCAUUCAGACUGGCACAUCUGAUUUCUAUAUCUUGAAAAAAAAUAUAGUCAGGCAGUUCCAAGUGUAAAAAAUGAAACCAUGCUGUUAUUUUGUUGUGUAUAUUUUAUGCAUUCUGACAUUUCUGAGUGCCAUGGGUGUACUAUCAAGGGUAUAUUUGUGUUCUGUGGCGGAUUUCUUUUGCUAAGAUCGAAAUUUCUGACAUCUGAUUAGCUGAAGAACCCAUGAAUCAUGAACUUAGAUUGGGAAUUCAAAGUUUCUAUGCAGUUGUCCGCAGAUCUUGAUGCAGAGAGUUAUCGUACAAGAGUACACAUCUGAUGUCAAUGAGAUUGGGAUGUGCACUGUCGGAGGUGGUGUGGUCCUGAGAGUGUGAUAUGCUACAUAUCCCUGUGGUCCAUGUGAGAGUCUGUGUUAUACAUGAGGGUUAGCAUAGUGGUACACUGGUAGUAGAUGCAUUUAAUUUCUGAGAUGAAGGACGGCCCAUAUUUGUUAUAUGUCUGGUUAUGUCAUGUCUACGGUAUUAUAUGUACAGCCUUGGAAAUUCCUUGUUUUAUGACCAGUGCAAAUGUUACUAGUCAUUGAGGACUACUGUCAUUGAGCUUGGAUUUUAUAUACUGUUUGUAGACAUCAUAUAUGAUAGAUAAUAUAUCAUGUAUUGUACAUGAGCUAUAUCAUAUAUUAUCACUGAGCGAUCAUAAAUUGUCAGUGAGCUGUCAUAUAUUGUCCAUGAGCUAUCACAUAUUAUCACUGAGUGAUCAUAAAUUGUCAGUGAGCUGUCAUAUAUUGUCCAUGAGCUGUCACAUUUGGUCAUUGAACUGUCACGUAUGGUCAAUGAACUGUCACGUAUGGUCAAUGAACUGUCAUGUAUGGUCAGUGAACAGUCAUGUAUGGUCAGUGAACAGUCACGUAUGGUCAGUGAACUGUCACAUAUGGUCAAUGAACUGUCACGUCCAUGAACUGCCACGUGUGGUCCAUGAACUGUCAAGUCCAUGAACUGCCACGUGUGGUCCAUGAACUGCCACGUGUGGUCCAUGAACUGUCACGUCCAUGAACUGCCACGUGUGGUCAAUGAACUGUCACGUCCAUGAACUGCCACGUGUGGUCCAUGAACUGUCACGUAUGGUCCAUGAACUGUCAUGUAUGGUCCAUGAACUGUCACGUAUGGUCCAUGAACUGUCACGUAUGGUCAGUGAACUGUCACGUAUGGUCCAUGAACUGUCACGUCCAUAAACAGUCACGUCCAUGAACUGCCACUUAUGUUCAUGAACUGUCAUGUAUGGUCCAUGAACUGUCAUGUCCAUGAACUGCCACGUGUGGUCCAUGAACUGUCAUGUAUGGUCCAUGAACUGUCAUGUAUGGUCAGUGAACUGUCAGGUAUGGUCCAUGAACUGUCACGUCCAUGAACUGCCACGUGUGGUCCAUGAACUGUCAUGUAAGGGUCCAUGAACUGUCAUGUAUGGUCCAUGAACUGCCACGUGUGGUCCAUGAACUGUCAUGUCCAUGAACUGUCAGGUAUGGUCCAUGAACUGUCAUGUAUGGUCCAUGAACUGCCACGUGUGGUCCAUGAACUGUCAUGUAUGGUCCAUGAACUGUCAUGUUUGGUCCAUGAACUGCCACGUGUGGUCCAUGAACUGUCACGUGUGGUCCAUGAACUGUCACGUCCAUGAACUGUCAUGUAUGGUCCAUGAACUGUCCAACUGCCACGUGUGGUCCAUGAACUCUCAUGUAUGGUCCAUGAACUGUCAUGUAUGGUCCAUGAACUGCAACGUGUGGUCCAUGAACUGCCACGUGUGGUCCAUGAACUGUCACGUCCAUGAACUGCCACGUGUGGUCCAUGAACUGUCACGUCCAUGAACUGCCACGUGUGGUCCAUGAACUGUCACGUAUGGUCCAUGAACUGUCACGUCCAUGAACUGCCAUGUGUGGUCCAUGAACUGUCAUGUAUGGUCCAUGAACUGUCAUGUAUGGUCCAUGAACUGUCAUGUAUGGUCCAUGAACUGCCACGUGUGGUCCAUGAACUGUCAUGUAUGGUCCAUGAACUGCCACGUGUGGUCCAUGAACUGUCAUGUAUGGUCCAUGAACUGUCACGUGUGGUCCAUGAACUGUCACGUCCAUGAACUGCCACGUGUGGUCCAUGAACUGUCACGUCCAUGAACUGCCACGUGUGGUCCAUGAACUGUCAUGUAUGGUCCAUGAACUGUCACGUCCAUGAACUGCCACGUGUGGUCCAUGAACUGUCAUGUAUGGUCCAUGAACUGUCAUGUAUGGUCAGUGAACUGUCACGUAUGGUCCAUGAACUGUCACGUCCAUAAACUGCCACGUGUGGUCCAUGAACUGUCAUGUAUGGUCCAUGAACUGUCAUGUAUGGUCCAUGAACUGCCACGUGUGGUCCAUGAACUGUCAUGUAUGGUCCAUGAACUGUCACGUCCAUGAACUGCCACGUGUGGUCCAUGAACUGUCAUGUGUGGUCCAUGAACUGUCACGUCCAUGAACUGCCACGUGUGGUCCAUGAACUGUCAUGUAUGGUCCAUGAACUGUCAUGUAUGGUCAGUGAACUGUCAGGUAUGGUCCAUGAACUGUUACGUCCAUGAACUGCCACGUGUGGUCCAUGAACUGUCACGUAUGGUCCAUGAACUGUCAUGUAUGGCCCAUGAACUGUCACAUAUGGUCUAUGAACUGUCACGUAGGGUCCAUGAACUUUCACGUAGGGUCCAUGAACUGUCACGUUUGGUCAGUGAACUGUCACGUAUGGUCAGUGAACUGUCACGUAUGGUCAGUGAACUGUCACGUAUGGUCUAUGGGAUGUGAUUUAUGAUGUUUGGACAGAUCAAGUUAUGGGUACACCUUUAAUAAAUUCUAAGAAUUUUUAUUCCACGGUGGGUAUUAAAAUGGACACUGUCAGUCCUAGGUGUCGUUUCCGGAACAGAUCUUGAAAACCUUAGAAUAUUUUUUCACCAAACUUGGCACAUAGAUAGGUCUAGUUGUGAACUGGUGCCUUUUUUUUCCAAAAACAUAUUUUUCGAGUUUCCGUGGCAACAACUUUGACUUUGGUUGGAAAUGGCGAUAGUGCUUGUUUAUAUAAACUAGUUGACGUAUUAACAGCAAAUAUUUACCUUUGCAAGGGAUUUCAAUGACUUUGUCCUCUUGUUUUCAUUUUCAAGUUUGAUGGUUGUUGUAGCAACUACCAGUAGUCUUCAUGAAGUGUCUAACUCAUUACCAUGUGAUGGAGGAAACACUUGGGAUGUCGCAGUUUUGCAUGAAUGUUUUUUGCGAAUGUUAUAGUUUUUUGGACAAUACUGCAGGCUGUCAAUAACAUUAACUAGGAUUACAAAUAUGGGUGUGCACAGUUUUUAAAACAGUUUGGAAUGCUAACCAACCGCAACUGGUUAUCUGAGAAAUUGUGACAGACCUAGUAACAUUGUCUUGGAACAUAUAGCUCAUAGACAACAUAUCAUAGCUCAUAGACAACAUAUCAUAGCUCAUAGACAAUAUAUCAUAGCUCAUAGACGACAUAUCAUAGCUCAUAGACGACAUAUCAUAGCUCAUAGACGACAUAUCAUAGCUCAUAGACGACAUAUCAUAGCCCAUUGACUAUAUGUGAUAGCUUGUGGAUCAUAUGUGACAGCUCAUAGACCAGGCCCAGCAAUAUGACAAUACAGUCUAUGGCCUGUCAGGUGUGAGCUAAUAUUUUGAACUUGUGUUUAUUGUUGAUAAAAUCAUUCAUGUAUAACCUGGUCUGUGAUCAGUCAUGUACUGUCUGGGGUCUACCAUGUUUCAUCUACGAUCUACCAUGUAUGGUCUUUGAUCUGUUAUCUUUCAUGUAUUGUCUAGGGUCUACCAUGUUUCAUCUACGAUCUACCAUGUAUGGUCUUUGGUCUUUUAUCUUUCAUGUAUUGUCUAGGGUCUACCAUGUUUCAUCUACGAUCUACCAUGUAUGGUCUUUGAUCUGUUAUCUUUCAUGUGUCUAGGGUUUCUCACGUAUUGUCCAAGGUCUGUUAAGUUUCAUUAUACCUAUGGCCCACUCCACAAAGCGAUCUUUAGUCGUAAGUCUUUGCUAAGUAUCAAGUUACGGUCAUCUUUGUGGAACGGGGCUUGUGUGGGCUGAUUGAUAAGAUGUACACCAAACAGUUCUUAAGCCCAACAUUGUGCAAUCCUUCACGUUGAUUCCUCAGGAUGAGUUGUAGACUGUUAUAUCAUGUAAUCAUGAGUUUGUGGUUUAGAAGCUUGUUGCUGUAGCUACAGGACUUUGCCAGUCUGUGACAUAGAAAGUCAUCUAUAAACAAUGGUGUUCUAGCUGUAGGAAAUUAGAAUAUUCUGCAUCCCAGCAUCUUCCCGAGGCAAGGGAGUUACUAACUAUAAAAAGCUAGUCCAAUCAAAAUCGUGUAAACGAACUAGACAUCCCUUUCGUUAACAACAUGGAUUUCAACGUGCAGAUUUCGGUUGACUGCAGGAUUUGCAAAGCUUGUGUACCGUCCACGGCAAAUGUUUUCAUGAUUUUAAUCAAGGUGCUCAAGUGAUUUGAUGCACUUCACUGGGUAAGAGCAGUUUUAUUACAAACAGACCUGGAUUACCGAUCAGAUCGUCUUGACUGGGCAACACCAUUCCUUUUGAAGCAAAUACAAGUGAUAUGAGAGAUGGAAUCUGAUUGGUCAAUAGGAGGGCCAUGGAAGGGACAUAACUCGUGAUAGUCACUGGUGGCGCAACAAUCGAGCCCAGAAAUUCCAGCCAAGUUUGGCAAGGGUAGAAACUGGACAUUAAAAGUCAGGUAACGCCCUUGUCUCGGGAAGGUGCAUAUCCAGUGGGCUAGAAAACAUAUUCCUGAUAUCUGUUUAUUGGGAUAUCCUUUUCAGUUUACUUGCUUUUUCAUUAUCAAACUGACAAAACAUGGUAUAUACUGUUUAACACAAACCCACUUUACUCACUGAAUACGGGUCACCACCUCUUGGUGUUCUUUGACAAGUCAAGAUUUGUACGAGUAUUGCACUUGGUGCUGGAUAGUGAAAACCUAUAGGAGGUAGGGAUUAGGUUUAAUGAAGCUGUGUUAAGAUAUACAGACUGAGACUAUAUGCCGGUUAAUGCUGAUGGCAGUUUUUCAUUAAACUAUGACAUGGAUGUGAGCAGGUUUAAUUAUUCUAAGAUGGCAUUGUACUUCUGGGAAGACAGGUAUAGUUGUUAGUUAAAAGGCAUACAAAUUCAAUAUUUUAAUCAGAAUGUUAGAUUCCGGUAGUCCAAAUCAUAUCGUACCCUAAAUAUGUCAGUAAAUGGAAACAGUGUUAUGGGCAUAAGGACAGUCCCGGGGAUGGGAGAUUUCCAUCUAAAGUAAAAAAAACUAAACUAAAAAAAGAACUUUAAUAAGUUCCCAGGGCAAACAUAUUCAUCCUGUUCAUGAUAAUAAUCACCUUGAUACAUGUGUAUUCCUCUACUUUUUCCCGAAUACAUUGGCCACAGAUCUUAUGACACGUUACCUUUAGCCUUUUUAGACAGAACUUCUACUUCUGUCAACAUGGCACCUGUCACUGCAUAAUAUCAAACUGAUGCUUCAGGGAAUACUUCUUCCAACCAUGAAGUGGUGGCACUUUACGUUGUAUUGGCUCACCUGAAUUGAAGUUCUUUCAUGAAACCUGAUAAAUAUAACCGUAAGGAAAAAUCAAACUGCUUCAAAUGGUAUGUUUUGGAUGGUCAAAAUGGUGAAGAGAAAUAUGCUGUGAAACCCUGUUAAUUCAGACCCUUCUGAUCUGGCAAGAUCCUGCUUUUUAUCAGUUUUCCUCAUGAUAGGAUCUUGGUUUAGAGUUAUCUCCCUUUAGUCAUACAUUGCAUUGUGUGAUAGAUAAUCCCAAAUAAGGGAUGUCCUGUCUAACUGGGUCUGGAUUAAAAAGGUUUCAGUGUGUAUAUUGUGCUUUAAUAUAAUAAUAUCAAAAAUAUAUGGGCAAAUAGUGAUAGAUGUCUUAUUUUGUUGAGACUGUAGAGGGCAGCUGAUAUUUCCGAUUCAGAGUCCUGUUUCAUGGAGUAGUAGCAUUAUGGAUAUCUUACUUCUGUAUUAAACAGUGGGAGCGCGACCAUCGCUUUGUGAAAUAGCCACCUGUGUUAACAACAUUGUAAACCCUCACAAGUGAGGGUAUGUGUCCUCAUCUCCUCAGGUGUGAAAAUGACUCAUGAAUAUGUCAGUUUUACAUUAGCAUUAUGUUAUGUUAUGUAUAUUAAGAGCAAUAGCAACAGCCAGUCAGAUCAUGGAGUUGUCUAGAUGAAAUAAAUAAAUAAAUAAAUACAUGUAAAUAAAUAAAUAAAUAAAUAAAUAAAUAAAUAAAUACAUGUAAAUAAAUAAAUAAAUAAAUAAAUAAAUAAAUAAAUACAUGUAAAUAAAUAAAUAAAUAAACUUCGUUUGUUUAAAUAGUUGCAUGUGUGAAGAUCAUUUGAAAAGUGUUUGUGUACAACAAAGACGCCGGACACAUGCCUGAAAAUUCAAUGGUUGUCCCCUUAGGCAAGUGUCAGCAGGGUUGUAUAUUGUACAUGUAGUGAGUGUUAUGUGCUGCAGCCAGUGUGAAGUGCCUUACUGCAGCAGUGUUGGGCUGGCUUGUACUUGUAGCAGAAAAUACCAGCGUCCUGGACACCUGGUUCAUCCUCGACUACCCAGGGUAUUAUAUCUAGUUUCUAUUUGGAUAAAUACCCUGGACCCAUUCGCUGUAUUUGCUUUGUUUUAAGCUUGAUUUAAAAAGCAAAUUUCUCUCAUGAGCGAGAAGAAUUCUGCCCUAAGUUAGGCAUAGGAGUGAUUGACAUCAUGUCUAAAAUGAAGCUAUGGUCCAGGGUAUUUAUGAUGGAAUUGAACUGUCGUACACUGCAUAGUUGAGGAUGGGUUCAGUUGGAAGUAGUUUUGCUUUAUUUCUCACGUAUUAAAGGCCACACUUUGUUUUACUUGCUUUACGGAUAUUGCAACAGAAAUAUUUUCUAAACAAGGACCCACUUGACAUAUAUUAAACAUCAGAGUCAAAAUAAAGUUUGUUGUCAAACCUGAAAUUGAUAGGAUGCUUUGAUGCACAGCAGUAUUCCUGCUAGAUUCGUCAGGUUUGCACUGCUUACAUCAAAAGCAGGCUCUCCUCCCACAUUUUAUCCACCUGUAGUGGAGGAGAUAACUUAUUUUUUCUCAUGAAUUUUGUUUUUUGUUGUUAUUUUGUUUUCCCACCUACCGACAGGUAUUUCCUAUAAACAAUCUGUAAAGCAAGUUAAAAAAGUGGUCUAAUGUAUGUUGCUUGAAAGUAGAAUGAGUUACAGAGAGAAUUAGUUAGACACAGCUGUGAACAUUAUUUCAUUUACAUCACAUGUGUGCUAACGAUGGAAUCCUGUCCUCCCCCUAUAAUGACCAUACCCCUGCUUGUGGGUUUCACUAAAGUGGUAGACAUCGAUGACUUGCAUCAAGCUGACACACUGUGAUGUAACUGAACACUGUUCAAAGCCACUGACUCUCUGUACCAUAUAUUAUCAGUAGAGAUAAUGCCAACAGUCAGAUCACUCCAGAAACAUUAAUGAAAUGAGAUUUUGAAAUGAUAAUGUUUAUAGAAUCUGAAAUAAUAUGAAAAACUGAAAUCUUAUCGCAUGCAAUUCACUUUACAAAAUGCCAAGGCAGUCCCUAUCGAUUAAUUAGAGGUUCUUGGUGUUCAUAUUUUUUGUGUAGAUUAGCCCAGUUGGAAACACAAAACCAGGCUUUUAUUGAUGAAUCUGAUGUUGAACUGGACAUGGCUUCUGUCCAGCACCUGCCUUCAUUAUAUGCAUCUGUGUUGUUUGGUGACCAGAAAAUCUGUUAUUUUGGGACCAGCUUGUUUUUAUGGUUUUAGUCCCGAGUGACAUGCUCACUGUGCAUGCUGCCCCAUCAGCCUGUGUAUUCCUGGGAGAUGGGCAGCGACACCCACUAUUUUUAUAUGCUGUAGAUAUGGUACUUUCAAGACACCAAAUAAAUCAUUAAACAUCA